AUGUCUGACCAAACCAGACCAUCCUCACCUGAUUCGUACAACGGAUUCUUCUACCACAAAUCCUGGUCUGAACCAUGGGCUUCAUCCGACUUUUCGCCAGACCAAGGGAUAGUGAAAUUCUAUGAUCGUCUUGAAAGUCAGCCAUGGUGGGGCAAGACUCUUUCAAGGCAGUUCCUCGAGAGAUCCGUACACUGGGGCCAAGGUUGGCCGUGGGGAUAUUUCAUCUACCGGACAGCAUACGGUUCCGACGAGGACUGGAACCAGGCCCUUGCCAAACUCAAUCGCUAUAUCCACUGCACUAUAAGAUAUGACGAUGACCCUGAACCAGCCGAGAUCGUCUGGGAGGGCUUUAAAAACGUCAUUAUUGAUGAUAAACAAUUGCUAGAGGGGGCUUCGCCUGUUAAAGUCCGGCAACUGUUCCAAGACUGGGUAGAACGACAUCCAGACUACAAUCAUCGUAGCACUCCACGGUCAGCCUUUUGCUUAAUGAUCGAUGACCAUGCCCUUCAAUCUAUUCUGGCGAGUCCAGAGCCUUGCCUCGAAAGCAAAAAUUGGAUCACCAAAAAAACGGGAUAUGUGAUCUUGAUUGAUCGCUAUUUUCCUGAUAAGGGAUACCGGCACGAGCCUUAUAAUGUGGGUUGGGUCCGUUUGAAGAUUUGUGGGAUUUGGCCGUUUUCGCGUUCGUGGGAUGUAGUGGAGUUUGACGAACGAUAUCCGGCUAUUGGGAAGCCCGGUUUGAUUCCGUAUUAUGAUGGUUAUGAGACUUGGGUGGAGGAUGUGAAUGGGCAGAAGGUGACGGAUGUUGAUUCUUCAGGUGAUGAGGAUGAGGAUGAGGAUGAGGAUGACUUGGACAGCGGUUAUGGUGUUCAUGAUAUUUAUCAGUAUCUAAGGGAGGGGGGCCAUAUUUGA